ACAAUGCAGCUUUUAAUGGAGCUGUGAGCGGUGCGGGCAGAAAACGCAGCACCACCGCAGGCUUGUCCGGAGGUUGUAGCCGUACGAAUUCAGCUGUGCGAGGUCUCUACGGUUUGACAAACCGGGUUAAGCGCCUGCGACUCUGGUUUUUAGGACACACUCUGGAGUCUUCUGUUGGGGUAAAAAGAAGCAGGAGGUCGUUCCAUCUCUAGAGAAUUUUAUGAUACGGAGUCAGAAAAUGAGCACAUCCCAGACAGAAACAACCGGCCCACCCAGCUAUCUCACUCACCUGUGAGCAGACAUGCCCUCCCUGCAUCACCCAUCGAGGGGCACCCCUCCCCCACUGCGGGAUUGUUUUCUGACAUAGAUAGAAUAGAAGAAGUGCUAAGCCUUAUAAUAGAAAUGGCAUUAGUUUGUGUGGGCUGUAACACAUCAGAGUGUAUAUUAGAGUACAGGUGAGGCUAAAUCCCUAGCCAAUACCCACAGGACCCUUAAGAAGAGGUAAACAGCCUCAGAUGACCUUUACAGAAGGACAGAGUUACAUCCCAGCUUUGAUGAUUUAGUAUCCAUCCCACUGCCUUGCUGACAAGGUCGACCAUGGCUGCUGCUGAUCCCUAUAGCAACGGUUCCUUGGUGGGGCGAGGAGCAGACUGAGGGAGUCAACAAUGCAGCGUAACGGUGGUGGGGUGGGUGCGGGAGGCCAGCCGUGGGUGUUACGGCGUGUGCGUCUUACUUGGCUCAGUUUCAUGCUCUUCUUUAUCCUGGUCUUCUUCCCACUCAUCGCCCACUACUACCUCACCACCAUUGACGAAGCUGGAGGUCCCGAUAAGCGCAUCUUUGGGCCACGGCCCGGCGGUGAACUGUGCGAAGCCAAACACGUGCAGGAUCUUUGCCGCAUUCGCGAGUCAGUCAGCGAGGAGUUGCUGCAGCUGGAGGCCAAGAGGCAGGAGCUCAACGGGGAGAUCGCCCGACUCAACUUGCGCAUAGAGGCCUGCAAGCGCAGCAUUGACAGCGCCAAGCAGGAUCUGCUGCAGCUGAAGAAUGUUAUCAGCCAGACGGAGCAUUCCUAUAAAGAACUAAUGGCUCAGAACCAGCCAAAGUUGUCGCUGCCUGUAAGGUUGCUGCCAGACAAGGAAGACCCAGGACUGCCACCACCCAAGUCUGCUCGUUCCUGCCGCCUGCGGUCCUGCUUCGACUAUGGGCGCUGCCCUCUUACGUCUGGGUUCCCUGUGUACGUCUACGACACAGGCUCUUAUCCAUGGGGGGACUAUCUUGACCCACUGGUGAAGCAGGCUUUUGCAGCAUCAGUAAAGAGCAACAUUUAUGUGACUGAUAACCCCAGCAUCGCCUGUCUGUAUUUGGUGCUGGUGGGGGAGCUACAAGAGCCCUCCUCCUCCCCACUGCCAUCUCCGUCAGAGCUGGAGAAGCAACUGAAAGCUCUUCCUUACUGGAGGUCUGAUGGACACAACCAUGUACUGGUGCAUCUGUCUAGAAAGUCCAUGACCCAGAACUUCCUGUAUAAUGUGAGCACAGGACGAGCAGCAGUCGCUCAGUCCACCUUUUUGGAGCAGCAGUACCGUGAGGGCUUUGACCUGGUCGUGUCCCCACUGGUUCAUGCUCUCUCAGAACCAAACUUUUUGGAAGUGCCCCCUCAGGUUCCUGUAAAGAGGAAAUACCUCUUCACCUUCCAGGGGGAGAGGGUGGAGUCACUGAGGAGCAGCUUACAGGAGGCGCCCCCUCAGUCUUUCGAGGAGGAAAUGGAGGGAGACCCACCAGCCGACUACGACGAUCGCAUUAUUGGCACCUUAAAGGCAGUGCAGGACAGCCACUUGGAUCAGGUGCUGGUGGAGUUCACCUGCAAGAACCCACGGCCAAGUUUGCCAACUGAGUGGGCUCUUUGUGGUGAGAGGGAGGACAGACUGGAGGUGCUCAAGACUUCUACUUUUGCCCUGGUGAUCGCUCCAGGAGAUGGACAGCUGGUGGCCUCAGCAGGCUGUGGAAUGAGGCUCUUUGAGGCCCUAGAGGUAGGGGCCAUCCCUGUGGUGUUAGGGGACCACACCAGACUGCCGUACCACCAGUUUAUCCGCUGGAGUGAAGCUGUCAUUUUAGUCCCCAAGCCUCGUGUUACAGAGCUCCACUUCCUGCUGCGCAGCCUAUCAGACAACGAUAUGCUAGCUAUGAGGCGGCAGGGCCGCUUCCUGUGGGAGACCUACUUCUCUACCUCUGAGAAUGUUCUCAACACCAUCCUGGCCAGCAUCAGAACCAGUAUCCAGGUUCCCGCUGCACCCAUCAAAGAGGAGCCCGCCCACGAGAUUCCUCACAAAGCUGGGAAGUUGGCAGGAACGGAUGCCAACCUGGCUGACAAUGGUGAUCUGGAUUUGGGUCCUGUCGAGACAGAGCCCCCCUACGCUUCUCCACGCUUUCUCCGCAACUUCACAUACACAGCUGCAGAUACCUAUAGAGCAUGGAACCGGGCCCCAGGGCCUUUCCAUCUGUUUCCUCACACUCCUCUAGACCCUGUGUUGCCCUCUGAAGCCAAAUUCCUUGGCUCUGGUACUGGUUUCAGGCCUAUAGGUGGAGGUACGGGAGGCUCGGGGAAGGAGUUUCAGGCAGCCUUAGGAGGAAACGUGCCACGAGAGCAGUUCACCGUGGUCAUGCUGACAUAUGAGAGAGAGGAGGUGCUGAUGAACUCUCUGGAGAGGUUGAAUGGACUGCCAUACCUUAACAAGGUAGUGGUGGUGUGGAAUUCACCCAAGCCUCCUUCAGAUGACCUGUUGUGGCCCGACAUCGGCCUGCCCAUCGUGGUUGUGCGCACAGAGAAAAACAGCCUCAACAACCGCUUCCUUCCCUGGGAUGCCGUGGAAACCGAGGCCAUUCUGUCGAUUGAUGAUGAUGCUCAUCUCCGCCAUGAUGAGAUCAUGUUCGGGUUCAGAGUGUGGCGUGAGGCCAGAGAUCGCAUCGUGGGUUUCCCUGGGAGGUAUCACGCGUGGGACGUCAACCAUCAGUCGUGGCUCUACAACUCCAACUACUCCUGUGAGCUCUCCAUGGUCCUGACAGGAGCUGCUUUCUUCCAUAAGUACUACGCCUAUUUGUACUCCUACGUGAUGCCCCAGGCCAUCAGGGACAUGGUGGACGAGUACAUAAACUGCGAGGACAUCGCCAUGAACUUCCUGGUUUCUCACAUCACCCGCAAACCACCCAUCAAGGUAACGUCUCGCUGGACUUUCCGUUGUCCGGGCUGCCCUCAGGCCCUUUCACACGAUGACUCGCAUUUCCACGAGCGCCACAAGUGCAUCAACUUCUUUGUCAAAGUAUACGGCUACAUGCCACUGCUGUACACACAGUUUCGCGUGGACUCGGUGCUGUUUAAGACCCGUUUACCCCAUGAUAAGACCAAGUGCUUCAAGUUCAUCUAGCACUGGGCUCAGUGGCCCAGCAAAGAGCCAAAAGCAGAGUGGAUUGAUGGACUGGUAGUAUUUAAAGAGAGCAGCAGCUCCUACUGCGAGCAGUGAUGAAGAUGGAUGGAUGGACUGCCAGAGAAAUGCACAGAUGGAAAGUUUUGGGUUAGGAUUUUGCCCGGGGGGAUAGACAAGUUAACCUUAAAAGCUGUUGGCUGGUGGUCUAAUCCACAACUCUACUGAAAAUUUGAAGAGUGGAAGCUGAAAGGGACCACUGCCAACAAAAUAAGCCUUUUCAGUGGAUGUCACUCCUCCUGUUUCAUGUUCUUCAAUCAUGCUCAAUCAUUAACCACUACAGAUGUCAUUGGCACCUCCAGAUGGCCUGCUGAGGAAGGAGGGCGGUCGUACACAGUGUACAGAAACUCUCCCAGGAUAAACUCUGCCUGACAAUGGAGCGAUCGCCUCGCGAAUCACUGACGGACUGAUAUCAGGUUGCGUUCGGCACAGCAGCCUGUUGACGGUUUCAGCUCGGAGAGCAAACGUGACAAUGGCAAAUGGCUGCCACUCCUCAUUUCUGUUUGUUUUCCAUUUUACAGUUACAAACUGUACUUCUUGUACAUGUACAUGAGAGAAGCACUGAUGGUCAGAAGUAUUUUAUUGAACAAACUUUUUUUUUUUUUUUAAAUAAUGUCGUUUAAAUGUGUAAAUCUCUAUGUGGAACGAACAUUUUCCAGGACCUCUGCCGGUGGGAGAUCAGUCACGAGACAGGACCUCAGCUGAAGAGUAGAACAAGUCGGCUCGAUCGUGCUUAGUAGUGUCAUGUGCUCAAGAAGGAAUUCACUUCAGCAGUCACCAUAAUGCCUCAAAUUUUGUCAUGAAAACCAGCCACCAUUUUGUCAUUUUGUUAUGCUUACAGGCACCCUGCUCCUCUUUGAGUGUUAAAAAAAAUGGCCUGUUUUUUUAUGCUAUAGGGUGUUUACUAAUGUUUGUAAAAUUGGUCCAAGGUUGAAGUACUCAUGUUUAAAUGUAAUAAUAUCGACCAGUCAGUGGUUACGGUGUCCCUCACUGAAGUACAACAAAGUCAAGAACGACAGCUGCCAAAAUUAACAAAAAAAAAAAAAGUUUUGAUUUGUGAUUAAGGGUGUAAUCAUGCAGACAGUCUCCUGUGAAGUUAAGUGUAAUAUUAGGAUUAUGGUAAAAAUGUUAGGUUUAAGGGGGAAAAAUAUGUGUAUUUGUGUUCUGGCAGAGAGUUGGACGAAAAGACUGAAAGCUACCAUUCUUAUGUCUGUACAUUAAAUAUGAGGCUACAGUCAGCAGGAGGUUAGCUUAGCUUAGCUCAUCACAAAGACUGGAAACAGCUAGCCUGGCUCUGUCAAAUGGUAACAAAAUCCACCCAUCAGCACCCUUGAAGCUUACAAAUUAACCUGUUGUGUCUUGUUUGUUUGUUUAAUCCAUAAAACAAGUGUUUAAAAAAAAAAACAGCUGAUUAAACAAAUGAGCAUUUGAGCUUUAGAGUUGCUGGUAGGUGGAUUUUGUUAUGAACAUGACAGCGAUAUCAAGCUUCUCAUCUAACUCUCCUCCAGAAAGCAAAUAAAAAUGUUUCCCAGAUUUUUUUUGAACUAUUACUUUUAAUAUAAAUAGCCGGUACUGGCUUUGCCUCAGAAUGGUUAGAUAUGUCCCGCCAUGUUCAUGUCACACUUCUGCAUAGAUUUUUCCAAGCACAGAUAGAAACGUCACAGUGUCGCCAUAUUGGUUCCACUUUUUUUUUUUUUUUUUUUUUUGACCAUUGCUUGAUGAAUGUUUCCUUUGCCAAAUAGGUACGAUGUCUGCUGCUUUCCAGCACAGUUUGCAGGAUGCACAAAGCUUGGUAAAGGGAUGCAGUCUGGUACACCUAUAUCCACCCCGCAUUGGUACUCUACCAGGAGUAAAACCCAUUGGAGCCCAACCCAUCAUGUAUUAUAAAUCCAAAGUCCUUUAUUUGACCAUGUCAGAUUUGAAUUGUUGUAAUCCGAGCAAAAGAGCAAGCUAAAAAGAUCCUUUUUAAAAAGAUAUUUAGAUUAGUGUCUUCUCUCAUGUUCUCUCAAUUCCGUUCAAACUGUUCUACAAAAACACUCGAGUCCAUGGUUCCUGUAUAUUUAUUGAAUAUAUUAUGAAAAAAAGUUUUUUUUUUUAAACUGAUAAUGACACAUGCAAUAAAAUGACAAGACAUUGUAGUUUAUUAUUCCUAAUUACAAAGAGGCCCCGACCUGAUUGAGCUGUCAGCUUAUUUCAUUUCCAAGGAAAACUAGCUCGUGCCAUUGAGUGCGUGAGGGGAACUUCACUGACCUGAGAGCAGCACUUAGCCAGGCAAACGUGUGUUUUCCUGUGGACUGAUGACCUGUGUUUAGAGAGGUCGCCCUAUAACUAGAAAAUCAUAAAUUAAGCUUCUGAAAGGGCCAGCAGACAGUGGUUGAAGUGUCUUUGAAGCCAAAUUCCUACCUGCGCCUACUGGCUGCUGCUGCACUCUGACCCCUCCUGUGAAAUAUAAACAUAUUCUCAUGGGAACAUUCACCUAAGAGGGAUAAACGAAGAGCCAGUUUCCUUGUUGCUGUGGUGCAAAAUGGAAAUGCAGCUGAAACAAAUCCAAGUUUAUGCUGUUGCACCAGACUUGAAAAACCAGCCUGGCCUCUCAAACCCUCAUCACGUCUCAACACUUUUAUUGGAGCUCGGGGGGCCUCGUAAUUACCUGGCUGACUCUGAAGCUGUCCUCGGGGCACAGUUUAGGUCAGCUGGUAUUUUGGAAGUAAAACUCUUCCUCACUCCUCCAGUACAUGGUCACCCCACCCCCCGACAACCACCCCGACCCCCUCUAGGAUUCUGUGGCACAGCUGGUUUUCCAUGGCCCAGAGCAGGAAACAUUUCCCUGGAAGGCCGCAGUCACUCUGCUGGGUGUAAGGAGUUGUGAAACUAUGUGCUCCUGGGUGUGAUCCACGACUGUGGGUGAGGCUCCAGCCACCUGCAACGCUGCUUGAGCUGUACCAGACUGAUGACAGCGUCAAACAUACCAUUGAAGGCCAGAUGAAUGGAAAUAAAAACUCUCAACAUUGUUAAAAACA